AUGUCGUUGUACAUGUCAGAAGUAUUGGUGUACGUGACGUUAGCAGUUUUAGUGUACGACAUUAUUAGAAGUAUCGGUGUACUACUAGAAUGGGUUGACGAGUACUUGCAAUGGGAUGCAGACAAAUACGGCGAUAUCGACCACUUCAAGAUUCCAUCUAACCGUUUAUGGAUGCCAGAUGUGACCCUUUAUGAUAAUGCCGAUGAUAGAUAUGAAGACUACAAAGUAAAUCAAAUAUGUGUGAUAAACAGCGACGGAUUUAUUAAUUGGGCGGCACCCGUGAUAUUCAAAACUUAUUGUAAAAUAGACGUUAGAAGAUUUCCGUUUGACAAACAGGAAUGUCCACUGAAGUUUGGUCCAUGGCAACAUGAUGGAACGGAAGUGGAAGUAACUGGCAUUGGUAACAGCUCAGUGUUCCGCAGCGACGGGCAAUGGGACAUCACAGAGAUGGAAAUACAGAACAACGUCGAGUAUUACCCCGAUUCACCGGGAAUUCCGUACACAGACGCUACCUUCAUAAUACAUAUGAGUCGUCGUCCGUUCUUCUAUGUAUUCAACCUAGUAAUGCCGUGUGUAUUAAUCGCCGUUUUCACGAUGAUUAGUUUCUUCCUGCCGGCUGACUCGGGAGAGAAGGUCAGCUUUGGAAUAACUGUGCUGCUGUCCUUGACGGUGUUUUUACUUCUAGUGGCUGAAUCCAUGCCUCCGACUAGUGAUGUACCCGUAAUUGGCCAGUACACUGCCGCCACAAUGAUAAUGGUCUCCUUCUCUGUAACUAUGUCGAUAUUAACUUUACAUGUCCAUCACCAAGGACCAAACUGUCGACCACUCCCACGAUGGGUUCAACGCUACAUACUAGGUUACCUCGCGAGAUUAUUGUUUUUCUGCCGUGACAAACAAAUUCACAAACGACAUCUACGGAAGGCGUCCGUGGCGUACCACCGCGGCCAUCUUAGCAAACUGCACUACACGGAGACCUGUAACUCGUUGCUUAGUAACCAAGAUGUGGAAGACAAUGGGAUUGUAGUGUCUAUGAACGGGCCUAGUGACACUUUAAAAAGCGCUUCCUGUUCCCUGUCCCAUGGCUGUAUCACCCCUUUGAGCAGUCACAGUGUGUCGUCAGUGAGGCAAAAUUUACAAACCGGGCGGGAUCAGCUGAAGGUACUGAGCCAGAUUUUACAGCAAGUGAAAGGACUGGCCGAUAAGAUGGAGCAGCGAGACAAAAAAUAUAAAAUGCACAAUGAAUGGAAAGAACUGGCGGAGGUUGUCGACAGGUUGUUUUUAAUUCUAUAUGUCUUUGGGACAUUGGUAACAAUGAUGGUCAUUGCGGCACAGAUAUCAUUUUGA